AUGAAGCAGCUUUUCCUGGCAGCGAUUGCUGUCACUUUGCACCUGGUGCGAGCGCAGGACCCAUGCGUCCCAGGCGUAACCUGUGCAACGUUCAACUGCACCACAGACAGUCGGUGUCCGGCGGUGAAUCCACCCGACGGACCGAAACUGCUGCCGCAUACCAACUGUGCCAAGUUUUACAAGUGUUCUAAUGGUGAAGCGUGCGAGUACGACUGCCCGGCCAAUUUGCACUUCAAUCCCGUGGCGAAUGUUUGCGAUUGGCCAGAGCGAGCUUGCUGUGCAUUACCGUGUUUGCCUUCCGAUCCGUGCAUACCAGGUGUGACCUGCCCACCGCCAUCCGAACCGCCGAUCAUACCAACGCCACCUCCACCGACACCUCCGACACCAGCGCCACCGACCGUUCCAACCGCUCCCACACCAGCGCCACCAACGAUUCCGACCGCUCCCACGCCGCCACCACCGACGGUACCAACCCCCGGAACCUGUAUCCCGGAUGCACGCUGCAAUCCGAACGAGAAUCCAAACAAUCCGACCACCUUACCGCAUGAGUCCAACUGUGCACAGUUCUACAAGUGUGAUCUCGGCAGUCGGUGCCUAUUGUCUUGCCCAAUCGGACAACACUUUUGGCCACAGAAAGGGGUGUGUGAAAGACCGGAAGUCGCUUGUUGCGACCAAUCGUUGUGCAAUCCCAGUUCCCAGUGUGUUGAUGAUGUACGCUGCCCAAUCCAUGAAGAUCCCUUCUUUCCGACCGUCUUCCCACACGAAACCGAUUGCUCUAUGUUUUACAAGUGUGAUCUUGGCAGAAAAUGUCCGGUACCGUGCGGAGCCGGGACGCAUUUCAGCAAGGAAACAGGACGUUGCGAAGCGCCUGAUCAAGCGUGCUGCGAUGAUAGAAUACCGUGUCGAGGACCGACCGUUAGUAUCUGUGCUGCUGAUCCUCGGUGUCCAGUGUUCGACAAUCCGUUUGAUCCCACUGUGCUGAGGCAUCCCACCGACUGUUCGCUAUUUUACAAAUGUGAUAAUGGCCAAGCCUGCCAGCUACCGUGUCCACCAGGGCAACACUUUAGACAAGACACCCCCACAACAGGUAGCUGUGAUUGGCCGGAUAGGGCGUGCUGUAAUCCGACCUUUUGUACGGCGACAACUACGGCAUGUCGACCCGACAGCCGCUGUCCCCUGUUUGAUGAUCCAAACAAUCCAUUGCUCCUCAGACAUACCACCUCCUGCGAGAGAUUCUACAAAUGUGCCUCUGGGCAAGCCUGCGAUUUGCCCUGUCUUCACGGACACUUCAGUGAGGCGCUGCAGCGCUGUGAACGUCCGGAAAUUGCCUGCUGUGAUCCUUCAGUGCCAUGCGAGAAUCCCCCAGCAACUCCGGUUCCCCCACCACUACCAACUCCCGCUCCACCUCCGGUACCAACACCCGGUCCACCUCCAGUACCAACUCCCGCUCCACCGCCAGUACCAACACCGGGACCACCACCAGCUCCCACACCUGUUCCUACACCGGCUCCAACCCCUGGUGAUCCUUGCAUUCCAGGUGUUACUUGUCCUCCAAGUGAUGCCGGUAAUUGUGUCAUCUACGCUGCAUGCCCGCCUUGGAAUGGUCCAACACCGACAUUGCUUCCCCAUCCCACGUACUGCACCAUGUUUUACAAGUGUGACAAUGGAAGAGCAUGCGAACAUAACUGUCCAGCUGGUUUACAUUUCAACAAAGCGUUGAGUGUGUGCGAUUGGCCAAACAACGCCUGCUGUGAUCCAACCGUACCAUGCAACCCUCCGUGUAUUCCUGGAGUCACUUGUCCUCCAGUAGGACCAACACCGGCUCCACCAACUCUUCCGCCACCAACUCUUCCGCCACCGACUCUCCCACCACCAACUCUUCCGCCACCUACUCUUCCACCACCUACCCUACCUCCACCUACCCUUCCACCACCUACCCUUCCACCGCCUACCCUACCACCGCCUACCAUUCCACCACCUGUAACUCCCACGGCCGGUCCUUCGGAUCCCUGCAUUCCAGGAGUCACUUGCCCUCCAAGUGAUGCCGGCAAUUGUAUCAUCUACCCUGGAUGCCCGGCAAGAAAUGGUCCAACACCGACAUUGCUUCCCCAUCCCACAUACUGCACGAUGUUUUACAAGUGCAACAAUGGAUUUGCUUGUGAACACGACUGUCCUGCGGGCUUACAUUUCAACAAAGAGUUGAGUGUGUGCGAUUGGCCAAGCAACGCCUGUUGCGAUCCAACUAUACCAUGUGAAUCUCCAUGUAUUCCUGGAGUCACUUGUCCUCCAGUAGGACCACCAACUCUUCCGCCACCAACUCUUCCGCCACCUACUCUCCCACCACCGACUCUCCCACCACCUACCCUACCACCACCUACUCUUCCUCCACCGACCCUACCUCCACCUACCCUUCCACCACCAACCGUUCCACCGCCAACCCUACCACCGCCUACCAUUCCACCACCUGUAACUCCCACGGCCGGUCCUUCGGAUCCCUGCAUUCCAGGAGUCACUUGUCCUCCAAGUGAUGCCGGUAAUUGUAUCAUCUACCCUGGAUGCCCGGCAAGAAAUGGUCCAACACCGACAUUGCUUCCCCAUCCCACAUACUGCACGAUGUUUUACAAGUGCAACAAUGGAUUUGCAUGUGAACACGACUGUCCUGCGGGUUUACAUUUCAACAAAGAGUUGAGUGUGUGCGAUUGGCCAAGCAACGCCUGUUGCGAUCCAACUAUACCAUGUGAAUCUCCAUGUAUUCCUGGAGUAACUUGUCCUCCAGUAGGACCACCAACUCUUCCGCCACCUACCCUUCCACCACCAACACUUCCACCACCGACUCUCCCACCACCGACCCUACCACCACCUACUCUUCCUCCACCGACCCUACCUCCACCUACCCUUCCACCACCUACCCUUCCACCACCAACCGUUCCACCGCCAACCCUACCACCGCCUACCAUUCCACCACCUGUAACUCCCACGGCCGGUCCUUCGGAUCCCUGCAUUCCAGGAGUCACUUGUCCUCCAAGUGAUGCCGGUAAUUGCAUUGUAGAUGGUCGGUGUCCACCAAGAAAUGGAGUCACACCCAAAUUGCUUCCGCAUCCGGCCUGUGAAAUGUUCUACAAGUGCAACAAUGGAUUCGCUUGUGAGCACAACUGUCCUCCGGGCUUACAUUUCAACGACGAUUUGAGUGUGUGCGAUUGGCCAAGCAACGCCUGCUGUGAUCCUACCAUACCAUGCAAUCCUCCAUGUAUUCCUGGAGUCACUUGUCCUCCAGUAGGACCAACACCGGCUCCACCAACGCUUCCGCCACCAACUCUUCCGCCACCUACUCUUCCGCCACCUACUCUUCCACCACCUACCCUACCACCACCUACGCUUCCGCCGCCUACUCUGCCACCGCCAACCCUACCCGACACUCCCUGCAUUCCAGGUGUAACCUGCGAGCCGAACAACUGUCACAACGAUAUGCGCUGUCCGGCACUAGAUGGCUUGAAGCCUACGCUCUUUGCACACGCGGAAUGUCACAAGUUCUACAAAUGUUCUAACCGGAAGGCCUGCGAACACUCCUGCCCACCGGGGUUGCAUUUCAACGCGAAGCUGUUCGUGUGCGACUGGCCAGGAAGUGCAUGCUGUGAUCCAACGGUUCUAUGCGAUCCGCCCUGCAUUCCAGGUAUCACAUGCAGCAUUCGAUCGUUCCGGCUCUAA